AUGUCGAUGGGCGAAAAAGAUGCGACGAUGAUCGAUGUUGGAGAAAGGAAUCCGCCACCGGGGGAGCCACCAGAUCGGAGAAUGACGUUCGCGGAAAAAGUAACUAGGGGUAAUGCUGGAGGUCGGUUGAUACCGGAAGAGCUGUUUGGCGAAGCUUUUGUCGCAGAGAAAUGCAGACUGGAGUUCCCGGAAGGUGAAGAGGGGGAAGCAGUGGUUACGAUUGGGGAUGAGGUCUUACGGGUCAUGAAUACUUUGUGGCAACGGUGUAUUAUAGUGAAAGUGCUGAGUAGAACAGUGACCCUCCCGGUGUUGAGCAAGCGUCUGAGGGAGAUGUGGAUGCCGAAAGGGGCCAUGUACGUGAUUGAUUUACCACGGAGGUUUUUUAUGAUCCGCUUCGAGUUGGAGGAGGAAUAUUUGGCGGCGCUAACAGGGGGUCCAUGGAGAGUUUUUGGAAGUAUCUUGAUGGUGCAAGCUUGGACCCCGGAGUUUGAUCCUCUUGUCGACGAGAUUGUCACGACCCCGUUUUGGAUUCGUCUAACUAAUAUCCCGGUGAACUUGUAUCACAAGGAUAUUUUGUUUUUGAUAGCUCGUGGUUUAGGGAAUCCUCUCAAGGUGGAUCUUACAACACUGAAUUUUGAGAGGGCCAGAUUCGCUCGGAUAUGUGUGGAAGUGAACUUGGCUAAGCCGUUGAAAGGGACAAUCAUGAUUAAUGGUGGAAGGUAUUUUGUGUCUUAUGAAGGUCUCACGAAUAUAUGCUCUCGUUGUGGUCUGUAUGGACAUCCGGUGCAUGCUUGUCCUCGUGGGAUAAAUGAUAAGGAGACUGCUGCUAAUGCGAGAGAUGUUCAAUGCGGAUCAGAGGCAGUUGUUGAAGGUGUGGAUGGUUUUAUUCCGGUGAGGAGACAAGGUCGGAAAGCUCCGUCAUCGUCAACACAAGAUCUGGUGGAAGCGAUUAACGUGGGACAAGAAAGGAAAAUAAACCUUAAUGAGGCUCCAAGUGUUAAGGAAAGUGCGCAGAUUCCUAUUUCAAACUCUUUUGGUAUGUUGGAAGAUCAGAAUAUGUCAACUGAAUCAAGACCCGUUGCGUGUGUUACGGGAGAUAAUAAGGAGAAUGAAUAUCCCGUUAAGUUUUCAAGUAAGGAAAAGCAUAUGGGCCACGUUAGAAUGGGCCCGCGACGUGAAACGGGGGAGAAGGGUCCGUUAAGUAACAAAGAGGCUGGUAAAAAUCGAAAGGCUGGAGUUUUUAAAACGGGAGAAACUACUGGGCCUAAAUACACGCAGCUGAAGCCCACUCGGGGUCUUGUUUUUGGUCCGACAAGGGGAGAGGUGGAAUUGUCUGCUUCGGGGAAGAGGAUGACAGUGGAAUCGACAAUGGUUGGGAGAGCAGGCGGGAUCGUGCUGUCGGGAAGAAAUGAGGAAUCAUCGGUCCCAUUGCGCGAGAUGGUGGUUAACGGCGGCGAUACGGUCAAUUCAAGCGAGAGGGGCCAGCUGGUGGUGCAUAAUGGUUCGCCGCCGCCUGCGGCGGAUACAGUGUCGGCAAGAUCCAUUAGAUACAUCUUGAAGAGGAACCCUUCGGAUGUGUUGGCUGUUUUGGAGACGCAUGCCGGAGGAGACAGAGCUCGUCGUAUCUGUCACGGUUUGGGUUUUGACAACUCGUUUAGAGUGGACGUGGAAGGGCAGAGUGGGGGUAUAUGGUUGCUUUGGAGGUCUAAUGUGGGUGAUUUGGAGAUUGUGGAGUCUUCGGCUCAGUUUAUCCACGCGAAAGUGAAACAGGGGUUGGAGAGUGUUCAUUUAGUGGUUGUCUAUGCAGCUCCUACUGUCAGUAGAAGAAGUGGUUUGUGGGGGGCUUUGAAGACUCUGGUGCAAGGUAUCAAUGGUCCCUUGGUGAUCGGGGGUGAUUUCAAUACAAUAAUUCGUGUGGAUGAGAGGACAGGGGGAAAUGGUCAACUGUCACCUGACUCUUUGGCGUUUGGUGAUUGGAUCAACGAGCUGGAGUUGAUUGAUAUGGGUUUCCAGGGGAAUCAAUUCACAUGGCGUCGAGGUAGAGUUCAGCAGAAUUUCAUCGCGAAGCGUCUGGAUCGUGUUUUGUGUUGUGCUCACUCACGAUUGAAAUGGCAGGAAGCAAAGGUCUCUCAUUUGCCGUUUCUCUCUUCGGAUCACGCUCCUCUUUAUGUGCAAUUAUCUCCAGCAGUGAAAGAUGGGCUGCGUAUGACUUUGAAGAAGUGGAAUAGGGAAGUAUUUGGGGAUAUUCAGAGAAGGAAGGACUCGUUGGUGGAGGAGAUCAAACUAAUUCAGGAUUGUCUUGAUGUAAACCAAACAGACGAGCUGCUGGAGAAAGAAGCAGGUUUGAUUAAAGAGCUUGAUGUGGUCCUUGAGCAGGAGGAGGUGUUAUGGUUCCAGAAGGCUCGGGAGAAAUGGGUGGCUUUAGGUGACCGUAAAACGAAAUUCUUCCAUACGUCAACCAUAAUAAGGAGAAGACACAAUAGAAUUGAAGCUUUGAAGAAUGACGAAGGUGGAUGGGUUUCUGAUCCACCUGAGUUGGAAGCUGCGCUCUCUUAUUACAAGAGGCUGUACUCGCUUGACGAUGUUGAGAGAGUGGUGGAGGGUCUCUCUGGAGUUGGUUUUGAGCGACUGACUAGAAAUGAGUUAGCAGACCUAAAUAAGUCGUUUACUGCUAAUGAGAUUGAGGUCUCGGUUAGAAGUAUGGGUAAGUAUAAGGCACCAGGGCCUGAUGGUUUUCAACCGGUUUUUUAUCAACAUUGUUGGGAAGUGGUGGGUUCUUCGGUGGUCCGGUUCGUGUUGGAUUUUUUUGAAACAGGGUAUCUCCCACAGUCCAUGAAUGAUGCCUUGCUCGUGCUUAUACCUAAGGUUUUGAAACCAGAACGGAUUAUGCAGUUCAGACCCAUUAGUCUCUGUAAUGUGUUGUUUAAAACAAUUACAAAGACUAUGGUGGUUCGUCUCAAGGGGGUGAUAUCCAAACUGAUUGGGCCAGCUCAGGCAAGUUUCAUUCCGGGGCGGUUGAGCACUGACAAUAUUGUUAUUGUUCAAGAAGCAGUUCAUUCGAUGAGGCGUAAGAAAGGUUGGAAGGGGUGGAUGCUUCUUAAGCUUGACCUUGAAAAAGCUUAUGAUCGCAUCCGCUGGGAUUUCUUAGAAGAUACCCUCAAGGGGGCCGGGCUGCCGGAGCAAUGGGUUAAUUGGAUUCUGACGUGUGUUACGGGUCCAGCUAUGAAUCUUCUUUGGAAUGGGGAAAAGACGGAAUCCUUCAGUCCUGAGCGGGGUUUGCGUCAAGGAGACCCGUUAUCCCCUUAUUUAUUUGUGCUCUGUUUGGAAAGGCUUUGUCAUCAGAUAGAGCAUGCUGUUGCUGGUAAGGAGUGGAAACCGAUUUCCUUAUCUCGUGGAGGGCCAAAGAUCUCUCAUGUUUGCUUUGCGGAUGAUCUCAUUUUGUUUGCAGAAGCAUCCGUGGAUCAGAUUAGAGUGAUCCGGCAGGUUCUUGAAAGAUUUUGUGCUGCUUCGGGUCAGAAAGUGAGCCUCGAUAAGUCCAUUAUCUAUUUUUCCGAAAAUGUGCACCGUGAUUUGGCUAAGUUGAUAAGUGAUGAGAGCGGGAUCAAAGCUACUAAAGACUUGGGGAAGUAUUUGGGAAUGCCUAUUUUGCAGAAACGAAUUAACAAGAAUACCUUUGGGGAGGUAGUGGAGCGAGUCACUAAGCGUCUUGCGGGUUGGAAAGGUCGUUUCCUGAGUAUGGCAGGACGGUUAACGUUAACGAAAGCUGUUCUUUUGUCUAUCCCGGUUCAUACAAUGAGCAUUAUUUGUUUGCCUAAGGCCACUUUGGAUCGUCUGGAAAGGUUAUCUCGGGACUUCUUAUGGGGCAGUAGUGAAGAAAAGAGGAAACAGCACUUGGUUGCGUGGGAUAAGGUCUGUUUACCUAAGACGGAGGGUGGCUUGGGUAUUCGUAAAACCCGUGAAAUAAAUGUAGCUUUGGUAGCUAAAGUAGGGUGGCGGCUGCUGGGGGAUAAGACUAGUCUUUGGGCUCAAGUUUUGAGAAGUAAAUACAAAGUUGGGGAGGUUCAUGACCAAAGAUGGAUGGUGAAAAAGGGGAAUUGGUCAUCCACUUGGCGUAGUGUGAUGGUCGGGAUUAAAGAGGUUGUGCUACCGGGGUCUAGUUGGGUGAUUGGGGACGGUAGAAGUAUACGGUUUUGGACUGAUAAGUGGGUAAAUAACACCUCUCUAGUGGACAUGGCCCUUGUUGAUCUCCCCCAAGGAUACGCGGAGGUGAAAGCUCGUGAUAUGUGGAGAGAUGGGAGUGGUUGGGACUUCGCGAAUAUAGGGACUUAUGUUUCCGAGCUGACAGCCUUAAGGUUAAAAUCUGUGGUGAUUGAUGAUGUUACAGGUGCGAAGGAUAGGUUAUCUUGGGGAGCAGGUCUGGAUGGGGAGUUUACGGUUUCUUCAGCCUAUGCCACUCUUACCCAUAAUGGCUUACCUAGACAGAGGUUGGAGAGAUUUUUUGAGCGGAUUUGGAGGGCGCUGAUCCCUGAGAGGACUAGGUUGUUCCUUUGGCUGGUUGUUAAUCGAGCGCUUAUGACGAACGUGGAACGGCACCGUAGACACUUGUCUGAUACAAGUGUUUGUUCUGUUUGUAGAUCCGGGGAGGAGACUAUUCUCCACAUCCUAAGGGACUGUCCAGCCAUGGCUGGUUUGUGGGAGCGCUUGGUCCCUCGUGGGAAGGUGCGGACUUUCUUCUCCUUAUCUCUUUUCGAAUGGGUGUAUGAGAACUUAAGUGAUACGAGGGAGAGUGAGGGGAGUAAAUGGGCCACUGUUUAUGCGUUGGCUGUGUGGUGGGGCUGGAAAUGGAGAUGUGGGAAUGUUUUUGGUUCAGAUUUGAGGUGCAGAGAUCGCGUUAAGUUUAUUAAAGAUGCUGCACGGGAAGUAACAAUGGCUCAUGCUGUGGUGCGAGGUAUACCAGACACUAGGGUCCGAACUGAAAGGCUGAUAAAAUGGGCAUGUCAUAGUGAUGGUUGGGUUAAAUUAAACACAGAUGGUGCUUCACGGGGUCAUCUUGGUUAUGCUACAGCAGGCGGAGUCUUAAGGGAUAGUGCAGGUAGUUGGUGCAGUGGGUUUGCGGUGAAUAUUGGGGUAGGAUCCGCACCUUUGGCAGAGUUAUGGGGGGUGUAUUAUGGUCUCUACAUGGCGUGGGAGCGUCGGGUUACACGAGUAGAGCUUGAAGUGGAUUCGAAGGUGGUGGUCGGGUUUCUCACGACAGGGAUUAGUGAUGCUCAUCCGCUGUCGUUCCUAGUACGUUUGUGCUAUGGCUUCUUAUCAAAGGACUGGAUUGUCCGUAUCUCUCACGUGUAUAGGGAAGCUAACCGUCUUGCCGAUGGGUUAGCAAACUAUGCAUUUUCUUUACCUUUAGGUUUUUAUUGUUUUAAUGUUAUUCCGCCGGAUGUGGCGUCGAUUUUGCGAGAGGAUAUUGUUGGUUCGCCUCGGCCGAGAAACGUUUAUGUAUAA